AUGCAGGCAUCCGCAGACAGCAGCAGCCCCGCGUGCCCGCUAAGCGCCGCCGGCGUCGCAGUGGAGGGUGUCAGAGGCAACACCCCCGCUGCCCCAACCGGCGCCCAUACCAGCGAUCCUACAAGGACUGCCGAACGCGCUGUGGAUGAGCGCACGCCGCCUCGCAUCGCUGCGCCGGCGUCGUCGGUGGAGGCUCUAGCGAAGGUCCUCGCCAUGUGCCUUGUUCGCAUCUGCCGCCUUGAAGAGCGGCAAGCGCGCGGAGAGGCGCAGCAGAGCAUCUUCGGUACCGCCCUACAAGCUCUACUUAUCCAGGCACACGGGCAGCAGCAGCAGCAGCAGCAGCAGUCAUGUGGACAGGCAGCUAUCGAAGUGCACGGUGAGGACGGCGAUGCGAACAGCAGUGACGCACACGAUCGUGAGCGCAGCGAGCAGUAUCCCUGCAGUCGCCAUACCACCAGCUGUCGCACCUCGUCGUGGUCGCACGUGAAUCGGCCACCGGCUCUCGGCGGCAGCAGCAACGGCAGCCGCCAUCACAGUGAGGAUGGCUAUGAUCGAGCGGCAGUGCCAUCGACUGCAGCAGCAGCAUCGGAGCUGCACUCGCAGCAGCGCUGCCGCCGGCACCGCUCACUCCGCCACACGCAGGGAUCCGACAUGCACAGACCGCACGGCGCCGACGCGCCGGCCUCUUCUUCGUUGGAGUCCACGGCGACCGCUGACAUAUCCGCAGCAGCUGCUGCUACUGCUGCAGGAGCAGCUGUGACGGGUAGCGAGGGGGAUGACGCCCACGCAAAUCACAGCACUGGCAGUCAACAUCACCGUCAUCAGAGCCCUGGCGCUGGGACAGCCACAGGCGCGGUCCCUUCGCCGUCUCCUGCUGACCUCGCCAACACCAAGUGGAAGGAGGCGAGCAGUGGCACCGGUGCAGGUGUCGGGGGCGGAUGUACCCACGCCAUCCCCUCCACAACUGCUCCCGGCAACUACCGGAAUACGCCCACAGCAUCUGCGGCGGUAGCGAGUGGCAGCAUCAACGAGCUGCCGAUGAUAUCGCACUUUGGCUCCCCUUCCGGCGGCGGCGGUCGCCAGCGGCAGGGCUCUCUCGUCACGGUUGUCAGUCCAACGCACACGUCACAGGCGGAGGAAGCGGAGGCGCACGCCAUCGCGGCGUCGGAGCGGAUCUCCGCGGGCGUCAGCAGCGCCCCUGCAGGCGCGAUGCCAGUGAACUGCUUCACAUGGGCAGUUCCAGUGACGCCGCUCUCUUCGUCGGAGAACUCUCGAUGCUCCACGCCGGUCGAGCUCCACAUGUCAGCGCGUUCGUUAUCCCAGCAGCAGCAGCAGCAGCAACCCACGCAGCCGUCGACGGAGGAGUGGUCAUCGUGUAUCUGCGGACACCGAGCCGAAGGCACUGACGAGGUCACUUAUAAUGGGCCAGACGCUGCGCCUUCGGUGCAUCCACAGCAGCAGCGUGGCAGCCGAGGGCACCUGCGCUCGUCGCCCACGCACGUCGCACCCCUCGCCGACCACCCUCAGCGUCCGCCAGCACGGCUCCAUCAACAGCCAGCAUAUCGCAAAGGCGAAGACCGCGAGUUGAGCUCUUCCUCUAGGCUCGCCGCCACGGCCUUACGAAGCGCCGGCAGUACCGCGACCAGCUCCGCCGCGCACACUGGCGAUGAACUGGACGUGCUCUUCCACGCGCUGAGCGCCCCCCAUCCUGCGGCAUCUGUUCCUGCCUCCUCAGACUCCGCAGCCGCCAGCGGCGCUCAGGCGACCGGGACGCUGACUCGUAGGGUGCAGUAUCCUGCCGGCACGGACAACACUACCGCGAUCAACGAGUUGUUUGCCCAGGCAGUGCAGAACACGAUGGAGAUGACACGUAUGAAGGAGAACCUGACUGUCCUCGUUCUCAGCGUGCACAAGGAGCGCGAGAAGCGGCGUCGGCUUCAGCGGCGCGAGGGGUCAGCCGUUCAGAGGCUCGUUCAGCGAGUCCUGGACAUGUCGUCUGUGAUGUUGCGGCUGCAGCGGACAGUGCGACGGCUAGAGUUGGAGGCAAACAGCGGUCACGCCUCUGACGCUGCAGGCUGGCACCACCACCACAACAGCCAUCGCCGGCGUCGUGGUGCGGACAGCAGCAGGAGCGCCGGCGUCAGCGACCAGGACGAAGAUACCGCUACUUGCGAUGGUGACGUCGACGACGGUGAGAGUGAGUGGUGCGAGCGCUUCUGCGCAUCCUUUUCGACGGCCUCCGUCGCCGUCUCCCGCAGUCGCAGGAGCGGCAGUGUCACUGGCAGCGGCCAUCGACAAAGUGUUGGGGACCGCUCGGGGAACGUCGGGUACGCGGCCCUCGCGGCGCCGUUCUCCUCGUCCUGGUCUCUCUCGGCCGGAUGUGAGCGCGUCGUGCCGGCCGUCCGCUCGCCGUGGCUUUCAUCGCUCACCACGCAGUGCUCAACGGACGUGGCGCGCGGCGAGGCCAUUCUAGGCCGCGGCGGUGCGGUGCCCACGGGCACAGUCACCAGCACGCCGGUAGUCGACGACGUAGGCAACACGUCGACGUCACCUGCCCCACCUGGUACAGUUUCUCCUCAGCGACUCGCCGGGGCCACUCCUGUAACGGCAGCACCGGCUGCUGCCUCUGCGGGACCAUUGCUUGUGGCAGGCAGCGUGGCCCUUCCCAAGAUCAUCUCUAGCAGCAGUUCUCUCCACUCCUUGGUCACCGCGAGCGCGGCCAUCACCACCAACGUGAACACCACAGCAGCAGCCACCACCACCACCACGGCUACGACGUCACGAGCAGCCAGCGCGACGUUGGUGCCGCAGUCGAUGGUGUCAUCAUCCGUAAGCGCGCCACGGCGGGAGCGCCUGCCGUCGUUGCUGCUGUCGCCACCCGCGAUGCUGGACGUGUGCGCGACGGAGAGCAGGAGCAGCGCCGUCACCAGCAACUCAUCCGUCGUGCCGGCGCUGUCCAUAACGGACGUGCACUUUGGCCUGGCGCUCGCGUGCAGGGAGAGCGCCACUGAGGACAAACUCCCUGCUCUGGGUCCUGAUGCGGCGGCAGUGGGCCGUGGCAGCGGUGGCCCCCGCGCAGAGGGCGCGAGCAACAGCGCGACCCACGAUGGCGACGCGCAUCGUGGCGGCUGCCCGGGCCAGCGGUCGGAGGUGGAUGGUGCACGUCACGACGGUGAGAAGGAGCAGCGGCAUCUCGCACAACCACCGCAACAGAAACAGCGCCGUCAAGACGUAUCCGGUGGGUCGUCCACCUCCUCGCGGUGCCGCCAACGAGAGCACAGCAUGCGGCGAGCAGCCCCCGCGACCAUCGCCACGACGGCGGUGCUGAUGCCCAUCCCUGGUGGGACCCAGCACUCUUUCGCGAGUGCCCAGCAUCCACCUGCGCCGCCGCCGCGGCAGACCACCUCGUCGCGCAAGAGCCCCGCCUCUGCCUUCGCAGGCACGAGCUCGGCUGCGGCUCGUGAAAACAGCAGCGUGCCGGCGCGGCGCCUGCUCGAUGCCCUGAACAGCGAGCACCGCAGCGGCGCCGUCACCGGGGCGAGUACCGUCGUGAACGUCGCCGCUGAAACCGGCGGCAAGGGCCACGGUGUCAGCAGUGGCACUGGUGCUGUCAACACGACGACAACUGCCAGCACCGACCCCCCUGCGGCGUCGUUGACAUCCUCCGUUGCCGCACCCAAGUUCACCGGCUCAACAGCCAAUCUAGCGUGCCGCACGUUGAACGGCGUGACGGCGACGGCGCUGGCCCAGCUGGCAAGCGCACCGGUGACAGCCAGGCCGCGACGAAGGCAGCAGAGGAGCGGAUCCAGCAUCGCAAAGCCGUCACCCGGGCGGCGAGAGGCGAGGCGGCCGUGGAGCGGUCUUAUCCAAUCCGCCAGCCCCGCCACACCCCGCAGCAAGGCAGCUGCGGCCGAUCGCCGCGGCGACAUGAGGGACGAUGCCUGCGGUACGGAUGCGACGAGUAGUGCUGCCCUGCAAGGCGGCGAAGGCCUGCCGACAUGGCGCAACGCGGCGAUCAGCGCAUCGCCCACGCAGAGCAGCAGUGAUCGCAGCCGCAGCUCGCACCCGCAGCACAGCCUGCUAUCUUCGUGGCUACAGAGCCCUCCCGCCCGGAUGGCAACGGCCGCGGGAGGUGACGACAAGACCAUACUGAGCCCUGUCACGCCAACCGGUGCCACUACCAUCACUGCCGGUGGUGAGAAACUGUGCCGACCCUCGGCUGGCGCAUAUCGGUCUCACAGCAACAGCGGAAGCAUUCCCUCUACACCAUCACGACGGCUGAACGCCCAGCUGGCCCCCUCUCCGGCCAGCACCCCCGCCGUCGGCGCGGGAGGAGCGAGCGUCUCGUCGCCCAGUUCAAAGCUUCAGCUGGCGCAGCCCGUCAUCCCCAUCUCCGUCGGGCAUCAUCCGCAGCAGCUGCUGCAGACGACUGCCACCUCUCACCAGGCGAGGAAGUGGACCUCCAUUCCCUUGCUGUCGUCGGCCACGGUGUCAGGGACGCUGCCGCACGUGCCGAUGAUGGCGUCCGUGCAGUCGGCCAGCAGCUUCCUGCGCAUCACCUCGAUCCUUCUCUCGCCAAGUAUGGCCCACCCGGCCUCCCCGGUGUCGCCCCUAGCGACCGGAAGCCCCGCGUGUGCGGGGACUGGUACUGGCAGCAGCGGCGCAACCGCCGGGAGCCUUCCCGCGCGCAUCGCGCAGCCCGUGUCACCGCUCUCGUCGACGAGCCGCCUCGACCAGUACCACCGCCCGCACUCCAGCAGGGCCCUGUACCUCAGUGCCAACUGCAGCAGCAACACGAACGCCUCCCUCGCGGCGCCCCGCACGCCACCGCACGGCCACCCGCCAAACCUGGCGCACCAGCAGCCUGGUGACGCGGCAGUGCAGUCUCAGCAUGCAGUCGUCCUUUCCCGCAGCGCUGCCGCCCUCAUGCAGACAACGAACACGCUACCACGCGUGGUCGCGUCCCCGGCGUCGUCGUCACGGUCGUCGCGUGUGACGCCCUUGAUUGCUUUGAGGCGCACCAAACCACUGGCCCCAGCAGCAGCAGCGCUAGCGUCAUUGCAGCCGGCGCAGUCAGGCUACGAGGCUAAGACCCUGGCAAGGACUGCCGUGGCCCCGACCGGGAAGACACAGCGACCGGCCAACUCUGCCAAGGUCAGUGGCAAGGCAAAGCAAGCACCGCCAAGCUCACCUCUUGUCGGCCGCGACAGUGCUGCUGUGGCUAGAGGUGUUGCGACGCACGAGCAAGCGCUCUGCUCGUCAUCUCUCGUGGCCCACCACCCGUGCUCGAGCCCUCUGAAGCUAACAGGUGAUCCCGGCCACCGACCGCAGCCGCGGCUGCAGACGCCGUCCUCUGCGCAGGAGGGACGCAGCGGUCGACGUGCUCGCGCGGGUCUGCCGCCGCCGCUGUCCGUUGAAACACUCUCAGACGCGUCCGUCUCCGCGCUACGCACGAGCAGCGUGGGGACAACCGGGUCGAUGGACGUCGAGAAGGGCAUCACAAAGGGCGACGUCGGGGACGGCGUGAGCGGGCCAGCGAUGCACGAUCAUGGCGGGGGCAGCUGUUCCACACUCGUCACACUCUCUGCCGUUGCAGGUGCUGCCCAACACCGGGGCUACUCAACGCAGCUGCACCCGCCGGAGCUAAUCGCGGAGGAGGGCCAGGAAAAGACCGGUAGAGAACGAUCAACGCCUGCCGGUGCGGCGGUGCCAUCGUUGCCGGGCACCCCGACUGCACUGGUGAUCACAGGCGUAAGGGGCGCCAUGCGCAGCGCCAACCGCGGUAGCAACGCCUCCGAUGCCGGCGUGGACAGAGCCAUCAGUCUGGAGGACGGAGAGGAUGUGGAUGACGACGAUGACAGCUCUGUCCAGCAAGCACUCCGAACACCAUUGCAGCAGCAGCAGCUCCGGCGACCUCUGGGCUGCGUGAACGCAGCAGAACAGCCACCCAUGCACUUUUCCUUCCUGUUCGACGCAAGCACACCUGUUUCCAUGCUCUCGGGCGCGCUGCAGCGCAACCGCAGCUCCUUGAACCAGCAGCAGCAGCAGCAGCAGCAUCACAAACGGACUGCUGCCAGCGUUGGUCCGGCAUCUGCCAUGCCCAACACCGCAUCGCACGACUCCUGCGCCUCAUCUUCGCAUACGUCCACCUCCGCCAUCUCGUCGCCCUCUGGCACACGCUCCUCGUAA